AUGUCCAUAUUAAGUAAGAUAAAGCAAGGUCUUUUGCCUAGCUUGGAAGAUCUGCUGUUCUAUACUAUUGCAGAAGGGCAAGAAAAAAUACCAGUCCAUAAAUUCAUCACUGCGCUCAAGUCUACAGGAUUGCGUACAUCUGAUCCAAGGUUGAAAGAGUGCAUGGAUAUGUUAAGACUGACCCUUCAAACAACUUCAGAUGGUGUCAUGCUGGACAAAGAACUUUUUAAAAAGUGUGUACAAAGCAAUAUUGUGCUGCUUACUCAAGCAUUCAGGCGAAAGUUUGUCAUACCAGAUUUUAUGUCAUUUACUUCACAUAUUGAUGAAUUGUAUGAAAGCGCUAAGAAACAAUCUGGAGGAAAGGUUGCUGACUAUAUUCCACAGCUGGCAAAGUUCAGCCCUGACUUAUGGGGAGUGUCACUUUGUACAGUGGAUGGACAAAGGCACUCUGUUGGAGAUACUAAAGUUCCGUUUUGUCUUCAGUCCUGUGUAAAGCCUUUGAAAUAUGCUAUUUCUGUUAAUGACCUUGGCACAGAGUAUGUACACAGAUAUGUUGGUAAAGAGCCUAGUGGAUUAAGGUUCAACAAGCUAUUCCUGAAUGAAGAUGACAGACCUCACAAUCCUAUGGUGAAUGCUGGAGCAAUUGUGGUCACUUCCUUAAUCAAGCAAGGAGUAAGUAAUGCAGAAAAAUUUGACUAUGUGAUGCAGUUUAUGAAUAAAAUGGCUGGUAAUGAAUAUGUUGGAUUCAGUAAUGCCACGUUCCAGUCUGAAAGAGAGAGUGGAGAUAGAAAUUUUGCAAUAGGCUAUUACUUGAAAGAAAAAAAGUGUUUUCCAGAAGGCACAGAUAUGGUUGCUAUAUUAGACUUCUAUUUCCAGUUGUGUUCUAUUGAAGUGACCUGUGAAUCAGCCAGUGUGAUGGCAGCAACUUUGGCUAAUGGUGGCUUUUGCCCAAUCACUGGUGAAAGAGUACUGAGUCCUGAAGCAGUCCGCAAUACCCUGAGUUUAAUGCAUUCUUGUGGCAUGUACGACUUUUCAGGGCAGUUUGCCUUUCAUGUUGGUCUCCCUGCAAAAUCUGGAGUUGCAGGUGGUAUUAUUUUGGUUGUUCCUAAUGUAAUGGGCCUGAUGUGCUGGUCACCUCCUUUGGACAAGAUGGGAAACAGUGUUAAAGGGAUUCAUUUCUGUCAUGAUCUGGUUGGUUUGUGCAAUUUCCAUAACUAUGAUAACCUGAGACACUUUGCAAAGAAACUUGAUCCUCGCAGAGAAGGUGGUGAUCAGCGGGUGAAGUCUGUCAUUAAUCUUCUUUUUGCUGCCUAUACGGGGGAUGUAUCUGCACUCAGAAGAUUUGCUCUGUCAGGCAUGGAUAUGGAGCAAAGAGAUUAUGAUUCACGAACAGCAUUGCAUGUAGCUGCUGCAGAAGGUCAUGUGGAAGUAGUUAAAUUUUUGUUGGAGGCCUGCAAAGUGAAUCCUUUUCCCAAAGACAGAUGGAAUAAUACUCCUAUGGAUGAGGCUUUACAUUUUGGACACCACGAUGUAUUUAAAAUUCUUCAAGAAUACCAGGUCCAGUAUACGCCUUCAGAGGAUUCCAACAAUGGAAAAGAAAAUCGAACAGUUCAUAAAAAUCUAGAUGGCUUGCUAUAAUACAUCUUCAGCUAGAUCCUAAGAUUUAGAUCAUUUACCUGUUUAAAUGUGGAAAAUGAGUAAGAAGAGUGUGUGUGUUUCUAAUCUGAUAGUGGUGUACAUUUUCCAGAAAUUUCUGUUACUUCAGUGUUAUGUUACAGGAAUUUAUAUACGCACAGGACACAUCCAGUUUCUCAAAACAAACAAAAAGAAAACCAACUGAGAAUUUCCCUCCAUAAUGUGAGCAAUAUUACCUCGUGCUGCGUAUAAUUGAUGUAAAAGAAAUAUUAGCUGUUGGUGGCUUUACUGUGCACUACUUAAUUUAUUUUUGUGUUCUUUGUAAACUUUCAAUCUGUGGUCAGGAAUUUUUCUGCUGAAUUUGCAUUUCUAAACAAAGACCUGUCUGUACAAUAUGGCCAAAUUGAACCAGAGUGCUGCCAGGGGCAGGCAUUAGUGUGGUUUUGCUAGAUUUCCAGAGCUGAGGUUGCUGAUGUAGAUUUAGUUUGGGUAUGUUGAGCAAGGAUUUGCACUCGUUUUAUUUUAAAUCUGUCACGCAACCUGUUUACAUACCCGUUUAACUGUAUAUCUCAAAAGAAUAUAUGGGUGUAAUUGUCAGUGGUCUGGGCUAAUUGUUCUUAGAAACGGUCUUAUCAGGGAAUUUAUUCUAAGGUUUGUUUGAUGACAAAAUGGCAUAGAGGAAUGCAACUUCUGCCAUCUAACACCAUUUGGCAUUUCUUAAAAUGAUUCUUUUUUAACCCCUUUUUCCAGACACUCUCCCUUUCCCCCCCCCCCCC